AUGGCAUAUAUUGACGAAUGGUUUGUGGAGCGACGGGGACUUGCGAACGGCAUCUUUUUCGGCUCCAAUAACUUCGCUGCCGCGGCUUGCUCCCCCAUAUUCGCCAUCGUGCUGCGGAAGUUUGGACCCCGCGCGCUGUUGAUUGCCUGGGCCGUCAUCGCGGGUGCGGGUAUCUCCCUCAGCAUCUUCUUCGUCCGAUCAAGAAACACCACCCGUACGGCCAUGUCGAAGCAGAAUUUCUCUUGGAAGCCCUUUGCAAAACCGCUCUUUUGGCUUUUCGCGCUUUCUAUGCUGGUCCAGGGCUUGGCUAACAUGCUCCCUGCAGAUUACCUGCCGAGUUAUUGCACAGACCUAGGACUCCCUACAGCCCAAGGCGCCCUCCUCAUCACCGUACUUAGCCUUUCGGGGAUGAUUGGCCAGUUCCUCCUCGGCCUACUUACUGAUAAGAUCGGUGCUCUGGUGCCACUCCUACUCAGCACCCUCGUGAGCGCCUUUGCCGUUCUUGUCCUUUGGGGGCUGGGCCGAUCAUACUGGAUGCUUGUCAUUCUCUCAAUCCUCUUCGGUGCCUUCUCUUUUAGCUUUGUGGUAUUCCGGAGCCACAUGGCGGCGGCGGUUGUCGGAGACAAACUUCACCCGAACGAGGAGCUGGUCGUGUCCGGUGCUCUCCUGGCGACCCGCGGGAUUGCUUGUAUUGCGUCAGGAUACACCGGUGCCGCAGUAGUGGGAGCCUCAGAACACCUUGGUAUACUUCCCGGUUACGGAGCCGGCAAAUGGCAGACUCUUAUCAUUUACGAGGGAGUGCUCAUGUUUGGGGCUAGCAUGGGUGCUUUGGGGUUCAUCAGGAAACGCAAGUUGGGGGCAGAGGGCUCUAAAAACGCGGAGGACUCGGACCAGGGAGGCGAAGCAGUCACUGUGUCGGUCCCUGUCAUCGAAAUCGUAGUCGAUUCAAAAAGGGGAUGA